AUGGUGGAUGGGGAUCAAACUGAGAGAUUGCGUGUUAAACUGCGCUUUGAGGGGUGUUUCAAGGUGGACAGUGAUCGUAGGAAGGGGGGUUUGUGUUUCUUAUGGGCCAAGAACAAUUAUGCUAGCUUGAUUAGUUAUUCUUCUAAUCAUAUUGACCUGGUUGUGACUUUACCGGGUAGGCCGCACUGGCGGCACACAUGUUACUAUGGAUAUGCUCAGAGGAGUAGGAGGAGGGCGUCUUGGGACUACUUGAGAUCAUUGAAGGGGGCUUCUGAGUUACCUUGGGUAGUUUUGGGGGACUUUAACGAUUUAUUGGCCCAGUCAGAGAAGAGGGGUAGAUUACCGCAUCCGAAUGGCUUGAUUGAAGGUUUCAAUGAGGCUUUGGAGGAUUGUGGAUUGAUGUCUCUUCCUAUGAUUGGCUAUCCGUUUACUUGGGAGAGGGGCAAGGGCACGGAGGACUGGGUGGAGGAGCGGCUUGAUAGGGUGGUGGCUUGCAUGGAUUGGCUGGGUCGUUAUGAUAAGGCAAGUUUGUAUAAUAUUCGUACGGACUUGUCGGAUCACUCGGCUCUCUUUCUUGAUAUCUAUGGGUCGGUGCGGGUCAUAGGCCACGUGGUUUUCGCUUUGAGAAUGCGUGGUUGUUGGAUGAGGGAUGUAGGGGAGUGGUGGAGAAGGAGUGGGCUAGUUCGCAUGGGUUGGAGUUGCAGACUCGACUCGUUAUGUGCGGAGGAGGCCUUUUGGAGACAGCGUGCCAAGCAACACUGGUUGCAAGGUGCUGAUCGGAAUACUAAGUUUUUCCAUAAGUAUGCGUCCCACCGGAAAAAGAAGAAUAUUGUAGAGAAGUUGAAGGAUGAUGAUGGGGUAUGGAAGGAGGGGCGGGCAUUGGAUUCGCUGGUAGCUUCUUACUAUAAACAGAUUUUCACUUCUGGCGGGUCCCCGGGGUCUUUCAGUGUGGAUUCUAUGCGGUCUCGUGUGACUGAAGCUCAGAAUGCUCAUCUGCUGCGCCCUUUUGAGCCGGAGGAGGUCCGGGCUGCGAUGUUUUCUAUGGGCAAGGAUAAAUCCCCAGGCCCUGACGGCAUGAAUCCUGGUUUCUACCAAGCCUUCUGGGAUGUCAUUGGUAAGGAUGUUACGUCUUUUGUGCUUAAUUGUCUCUCUCAGUCAUCUUUACCUGAUUGCUUGAAUGAUGCGAACAUUGUUUUGAUCCCUAAAAAGUGUGUCCCUGAGCAUGUUUCUGAUUUGCGCCCGAUAGCUUUGUGUAAUGUUUUAUAUAAGGUUAUGGCUAAAAUGAUAGCCAAUCGUAUGAAGCCUUUAUUGGAGGAUGUUAUUUCAGAAUCACAAAGUGCCUUUCUUCCGGGUAGGCUAAUCUCGGACAAUAUUUUGGUUGCCUCUGAGGUUGGCCAUUAUUUGAGAAGGAAGUAG